CACAUCUAUAAAAUAUUUUUAUUUUAUAGGUCUUUUAUCUUUUGGAGUAAAAGAGUCUGCAUGGGUGAAUAAAAUUUUCACUGCUAUUAACAUCUUGGUCCUACUCUUCGUUAUGAUUUCUGGUUUUGUGAAAGGAGAUGCUGACAACUGGAAAAUAAGUGAAGAAUAUCUCAUGAACCUUACUGCAGUGACAAAGAAUUGUUCAUCCUAUGAGAAUGUGACAAGUAUAUAUGGGAGUGGUGGCUUUAUGCCAUAUGGUUUCACAGGAACAUUGGCUGGUGCUGCAACCUGUUUUUAUGCUUUUGUAGGAUUUGACUGCAUUGCAACAACUGGAGAAGAGGUCAAGAAUCCUCAAAAAGCCAUACCCUUUGGAAUUGUGGUGUCCCUGCUUGUUUGCUUCAUGGCCUAUUUUGGAGUUUCAGCUGCACUGACACUCAUGAUGCCAUACUACCUACUAGAUGAGAAUCCUCUGCCAGCAGCUUUUGAAUAUGUUGGAUGGGGUCCUGCAAAAUAUGUUGUGGCAGUGGGAUCGCUCUGUGCUUUGUCUACAAGUCUUCUUGGAUCCAUUUUCCCACUGCCACGUGUAAUCUAUGCUAUGGCGAAGGAUGGGUUGCUUUUCAAAUGUCUAGCUCAAAUCAGUUCCAAAACGAAGACCCCACUAGUUGCUACUCUAUCGUCUGGUGCAGUAGCAGCUAUCAUGGCAUUUCUGUUUGACCUAAAGGCUUUAGUGGAUAUGAUGUCUAUUGGUACACUUCUUGCUUAUUCACUUGUGGCAUCCUGUGUCCUCAUUCUUAGGUACCAACCCAGUUUAAGCUAUGAGCAACCAAAAUAUUCACCAGAAAAAGCAGCUUUGGCUGCAUCUGAAAGAGAAUCUGCAGUAAGUGAAUCACAGAUAAAUAUGAUACAAGAGAAUCACUUCAGCCUUCAGGCCCUGAUUAAUCCACCCAGUUUACCUACUGAGCAGACUGCAACUACAGUUAACUUUUUAGUGGGUCUUUUAGCUUGCUUGAUUUGUGGUUUGAGUGUCCUCACUACAUACAUGAAUCAUUCCACUGCUAACUUGGAGCUCUGGAGUAUUUGCCUUCUUGCCGUGUUCAUGACAUUCUUCAUAGUUACCAUUCUCCUCAUCCAAAGGCAGCCUCAGAACCAGCACAAAGUGGCCUUUAUGGUUCCACUAGUGCCAUUUUUGCCAUCAUUAAGUAUCCUGGUAAAUAUUUACUUGAUGGUACAACUAAGCGGAGACACUUGGAUCAGAUUUAGCCUCUGGAUGGCACUUGGCUUCCUCAUUUACUUUGCAUAUGGUAUCAGACACAGUCUUGAAGGUCAUCAUAGCAAUGGAGAUGAUGAAUCUUGUUCAGAGAAUAGUGGGUUGCAAGAAAAGAACCCUGUAGAAGAAGCGGAUGAACUUGAAAAUGCAAAUGAAAGUGAUCAAUUUCUUGCACAUGAAAGGACAAGUGAAUGUUAAUCUAUGCCAGCAUGCAAGUCUUUUAAACCUUUCAUUGACAUUUUACUUGUGGACCGAAAUUUCAAAAGCUUUCUGCCAAUGUUGUGCCUCUUGGAAGUGUUUACUACAAGGCCUGUCUGAUAUUUUGGACAAGCUGCUAGCUAAUCCAUCUUCAUCAUUUCAAAGCUGACAGUAUGGAGGUUAAUAUUUAAACUAAAAAAAAAAAAGAAAAAAGAAAUACCUUUUGGCAAGCAAAACUUUUGGAUGUAUAUUUUGAACUGUCAUCCAAAAUCACUGGCAAUCGUAAAAUACAAAGAAUUUUAGAAGUGCCUGCAAGAAGUUCUGAAUAUUUGACACUGCACUGUGAACUGAAGUGCCUUUCGUGCCUUCUCCUUAUCUCUGUUACAUG